GUUUGCAUACAGUGUGUUUCCAACAGAUGUGAAAUGCUGAUGAUCAAACUCACCCUGUGGCUAAUCAUUUGGUUAACAAGCUUUUGUCUUCCAACCAAGAGCUAUGACUCGAUAACUGUGUCUGGCCUUUGUAUGUUACUGAGGGGGAAAUGGCAGGAUAUUGUGAAGCAAAUCAGUCAACUGUGUAUGCAGUAAGAGGCGAUUGUUCAGGCAGCUGUUACAUUUAAGAGCUAUCAGAAGUUGGACUGACAUCAAGACUAUUGCAUUAAGGAUGCUUAAUCUGCGUGCAGCACAGAACCAAUUUACCCAUGAAGUCCGAGAGCCAGGGCUGUGGGUCUGGAGGGUGGAGAAGAUGAAGGCUGUGCUCCUUGACCCAUCGCAGAGGGGAAUCUUCUACAACGGAGAUGCGUACAUUGUGCUCAGCAACCGUGGAAAGGAAGGAAGUGACCUGCACAUGUGGAUGGGUGAGAAGUCAUCCCGGGAUGAACAGGGUGCUUGUGCCAUGCUCGCCACUCAACUGGACAGCUUCUUGGGAGGAGAGCCAGUACAACAUCGACAGGUGCAAGGCUAUGAGUCACCAGAGUUCAUGGGACUCUUCCCUAAAGGAGUCAGCUACAAGGAGGGUGGGGUGGAGUCUGGAUUCAAGAGUGCCAGGUCUAGGACUGGCCCUGUUACACAUCUGUACCAAGUCAAAGGAAAGAAAAACAUCCGCGCAAGAGAGGUGGAGCUUAGCUGGGGGAGCUUCAACAAGGGCGACUGUUUCAUACUGGACCUGGGACAAACUAUAGUCGCAUGGAGCGGUUCCAAAGCCAACAUGUUUGAGCGACAGAAGGUUCGUGAGAUAGCAAUGCUGAUCAGAGACACAGAGAGGAAUGGCAAAGCUCACAUCAUUGAUGUAACAGAGGGAGAGGAAACACUGGAGAUGGUUCAGGCACUUGGUCCAAUCCCAGCUCUGAAAGACAGCUCAACAGAGGAAGACACUGAAGCAGAUAUCUCUAAUUCUGCUUCCCUUUACAAGGUCUCUAACGCAACAGGCCAAAUGACCUUAACAAAACUGUGUGAGAAAGGACCUUUCGCUCAAGAGCUGCUGCAGAAAGAUGACUGCUUCAUAUUGGACAAUGGAUCUAAUGGGAAGAUCUACAUUUGGAAAGGAAAUGGAGCCAAUUUCGAUGAGAAGAGAGUUGCCUUGAAGGUGGCAGAUGAGUUUAUUACAGAAAUGAACUAUCCCAGAAUGAGAACUCAGGUGGAAAUUCUCCCUCAGGGUCGUGAAUCUGUCCUCUUCAAACAGUUCUUCAAGAGCUGGAGUUAAACACACCAACAUAUAGAAUGUAUGAAGAAACGUAUACUCAUUUUGUAUAAUCGCACAGCAUACUAGCCAUGAGUGGUGUAGCCUACCUGUUAAAACUCUUUGCUGUUAGCCAAAAGAUUGCUUGUUUGAUCCCAGGUAUUGUGAAGGCUGGGACAGUUGUCAUUUUUAUUCAGUAACUGCCUAUUUAAGAAAUAUAAAUUUAAAAAAUGUGAA